GCGAGUUUGUCUAUAAAAACCAGAAAAUUAACUAGCAGCGGCUUCAGAAUCGAUUCACGAAUCGACAUAUGCGGAUGCAAAAGCCACAAAAUAAGCCAGAACAAAUUGUUAGUGCGGCGAAACUGAUCAAAAGUGAUUUCGAGACAAACGAGUUUUCGAUCUAAAAAAAAAAAAUACGAAUAAAAUUCCCAAUCAAUUAAAGAAAAGAAAAAGUACAGAUUAAAGGGAAUCGAACCGGUGAAUAAAUUAUGCAAAAAUAUCACAAAAGUUCUUAGCCGAAAGUCGGAGUAUUUAUAAUGGUCAGGACGCGUGCCCAAAAUCUCGUCUCGUGACGCGUUUGCCGCUUUAUUUCGGAACUUUAAAAACUGGUCGCAAAGCCCGACCUUGACACUCACUUUUCUAAACAAUCGACUCUCGGAUCCGAGACCAUUUUUUGGCCAAGAUCUCGUCUUCUUUCUCGGCCGCUUUACAAACCGCCCGUCAGUCUUCCGCCGGACCGGAGAUGGAACGCACGGAUCGCGUCCGCUGAACAGAGUUUCUUUUAGUGUUAUAAUAUUUUCCCCAAGCUAAUCACUUCAACUAAGAGCUCUUGAAAAACUGAAACUCUUACCCAAUCGCCGUCAGUGUGCAGCGUGCAAACAAUAAAACAAACAAACAGCCAAACAAAAGUGCAAAAAUAAAAAUCUUACAAAUACGUGUGCGGCUGUCCAUGCAACAGCAUAUUUUAAUACAUAAUUAGCCAAAGAUCGUGGAAGCAUCUCGGUGCAUGUGCACAGUAUAUACAUAUAUAUAUAUAUAUAUAUAGAUAUAUAUAAAAUUUACAUAUAAAUGGUAAAAAUGUGGCAGGGAAUCGUGUGCAGCUUGGCUUUAUGCCUCGUCGGAUUGGCGGAUCUCGGCAUCGCCAACAAUCUCGCCGGCUACGAAGGUUAUACAAAAUACACGGUGCAACAUGGAGACGAGGAUGCCUUCAAGUACAUGGUCGACCUUCAGACGAACGACGCAGAGCUGGACUUUUGGCUGCUGACCAGAAACUCCUCCGUACUGACUGUGAGUCCCACGCGGAAGACGCAGUUCGAGGCGAGUCUUUCCAGUUUGGGAGUUAGCUACGAGAUGCAGCCGCUCAUGGAGCUGAUGGCGGCCCUUCAAGCGAACAGUUCCUACGCGGAGGAUAACUACGAUGCGGAGUACGAGGAGUGCCAGCAGGAUGAGUGCCAGGAGGCGGAGCGACCACGUCGUAGGGCUCGUCGUCAGGCUCGCGGCUUCUUCUCGCACUAUCCGCGGUACCACGAGGUGCUCAGCUUCAUGAGCGGCUUGGCCGCUAGAUAUCCGCAGUACUGUCGCUAUGAAUCCUUGGGUCGUUCCAACGAGGGUCGGCACAUAGCUGCUCUCUCGAUUUCUCUGAACAGUAGGGUACGUCCUCGUCGAGUGGCCUAUAUCCAGGCAGCCACCCACGGUAGGGAGUGGAUUACCACGCAGACCGUUCUCUACUUGGCCUACGAACUGCUGAGCAAUCUGCGCGCCUUCACGAGAGUCCUGCAGGAUGUGGAGAUCUUCCUGGUGCCUCUGGUCAAUCCCGAUGGCUAUGAAUACACGCACACGACGGAUCGUUUCUGGCGCAAGAACCGUCAUCGUUAUGCGGGUCAUUCCUGCUCCGGCGUGGACAUCAAUCGCAACUUUGGGAACCACUGGAACUAUCAGGGAGCCAGCCAGAACCUCUGCUCGGAGGUCUACUCGGGCACUGCACCCAACUCGGAGCCAGAGACCUCGGCGGUGGUGCGGUAUCUGGAAUUCAAUCGAAACCGUGUGAAACUCAGCCUGGAUGUUCACUCAUUUGGCAAAUUCAUUUUUUAUCCCUACGGCUAUGCGAAAAACACCGUGCCACCCACCGUGGGAACGCUGCGCUCGGUGGCUCUGAGGGCCGCCAACCAGAUCGGCAGGUACCGUGGAACGCGCUACACCACCGGCACCUCCGCGUCCAUUUUGUACGAGGCCUCCGGCAGCUUGGACGACUUCGCCUAUGGCAAUCUGGGAAUCCCGCUGUCCUACACGCUCGAGCUGCCCGGUGACGAGUUCCAUGUGCCCGCCCACGACAUCAUCCACGUCUGCAAGGAGACAUUCGCCGGCUUCAUCGAGUUCAUUCGGCACGUCAGCCUUUACUAGGAGGCGCCACUGUAUUUCCUAAGACCUUAAGCAAUUGAAUUUAUUGUUUGUUAAAACUAAAAUGAUAAGUGACCUCGUUGUUAAGCAUUAAAGAGAUGAAUAGUGAAUAAAUAUUUCCGUUUAAA